GAAAUGAUGGAAGACAAAUCUAUGAGUUUUAAGUUCUUAUUAGCUAUUCAAUAACGUGGUUAUGAAGAAGAAUAUUAGAUUGGCAAAGAAAGUACAUUCAUUUCUGAUUUUAGUUCUAAAGUUCAAUUCAUUUGAUAAGAAUGCAAAUCGUUUUAUGUUAUUUUUGCAAUAAAAUAUGGGAUAUCGUGAGACAUACACUUAAUUUUUAUGUUGAUGGAUUGUUUGAUUUCUAAGAGGAAGAAGAUGAGGAAGAAGAAUUUGAAUUAAAAGAUGAAGAAGAAGAAGAAGUAGAAUUAGAGAAUGAUGAAGAAGAUGAAUAUGAAGAAGCAAAUGAAAAUGAAAUUUAAUAAGAAGAAGAUUCAGAAUAUGAAUGGGUUUAUGAAGAUGAUGCAUAAUUAGAAGAAUUUGAUGAAGGAUCAAAUAUAGAUGAAGAUAAAAAUUUUGUUUAAGAUAAUACUAAUGAAGGAGAAUAUAAGUUUAAGUAUGGAUAGAAAAAUAUAAGAAAAAAAUAAACAUAAUAAUAAUAAUAAUAAAAAAGAGUAAUUUAAUAAGCAAAAUCAAAAUCAUCUAUUCCUAAUGGUAUUCCUACAUUACAAAAAGUAAUAAUUAUAAUAAAUUAGAUUCAAAAUAAAUAAAGAGCUAAUUCUUAAUCUAAAUAAUAAAUUUAAAAGCCUUAACCAUAAUAAUAGAAUUUAUUAAAAUAAGCAGCAGUGAAUUGUACUAUAUUACAUAAAAAUAGAACUUCGUUUUCCAAGUAGUUUAGUUAAUAAAAAGUGA